AUGAAUGUGCUGCUGUCGCCGCAGUUACCGGUUUUCCCUCACCAGCACGAAAACAUGCAUCUAACCCAGCGAAACCUCCCCUCGAUUCAUAACAUGAGCAGCCGGAAACGAAAGGCCGACGAAGAUGGAGACGAAAACAUGUCACCCAUGAGCUCCCCUGCCAUAUCCUCUCGGCCCCUCAUCCGCCCGUCGAAAAAAUUCAGAUCCAACGACUUGAUCGGCAGGCCACUCUCUCUACCACGACUCUUGGAAACCCUCGACACAAAUCAACUGCGAACAGUUUUGGAACGCAUCUGCGAGCGCCAUCCAGAUAUUGGGCAGGAGGUGGUCUCAGGCGCGCCCCGACCUACCGUUGACUCAGCAAUGAACGUGCUGCAUGGUUAUCAAGAGAGGCUGAAUGCUGCCGCUCCAUAUGGCGAAAGCAGCGCAGAGUAUACCUAUGACCGAGUCAAGAGUCACAUCAUCGCCUUGAUCGAUGCGCUCUCCGAUUUCACUCCCCAGUUUCUCCCUCCAAUCGAGACUCAGCCUACCAAAUCCUUGGAAUUCCUUGAUGGCGCAACCAGAUUCAUUCACAACCUUCCGGAUUGGCAGCCACAGACUUACCGCCAUCACAAAGAUAACGCAUACGAAGACAUCUCAAAGGCAUGGGCUUUGGUCAUCAAUGAAGCGGCGAAGCGAGGCGGUGGAUUUAAUUUGCAUUCCGAUGGAUGGGACCAAAAACUUGCUCGGCAUAACGAACAAUCCGGAGGACGUCUAGCAACAGCCAUGACAGCCAUGUCAAAUAGCGUUGGCUGGAUGGGAUCGAAUGAGAAUGGGGGUUCGUCAGAUCAAGGCUCUAUUCUCAACCAGCUUGUAUCGGGUGCAUACGGCUCGCCUGUCAGGGUCGGACCUUGGUAA